AUGCAGUACAGUGCUAAUACCGAUAGCGUCGGUGAAGAUGAUGUGCAUAACAAGAUUUUCAAUUCUAUUGCGCAUGUUUUCCAGCAAGCUCAGUUAACUUAUGCAGGCCACAGGAAACACGUUGCUGUUUUGAAGAAGAUACAGGGCAAAGCACUCAGCCAAGGGUAUGAAGAUGCUUUCAAUUACUGGUUCAAUAAGAUAGUAACUAGAGUUCUACCGUUGAAGAAAUCGGAAGUUAUAGGUGAUCGAAUCGUCAAAUUGACUGCUACGUUCAUAGCAUCAUUAGACCGAGAGAUUGAAAUUAUGAGGAAGAAUAAUCAUGAAAGUUUGUCUCAACACGAGAAUAUGUUCAAUAAAUUUGUUGACUGCUUCAUUAGACACAUUUUGAGGGGUGUAGAAAGUAAGGAUAAAAAUGUACGAUACAGAGUGUUACAAUUACUAGUGAUAAUCAUGGACAACUUGGGCGAGAUCGACGAAGAUUUGUAUAAUCUACUGAUGUGGUCUCUAAGCAGGAGGAUAUUUGACAAAGAAGCUUCUGUUAGGAUUCAAGCUGUAUUCUGUUUGACCAAAUUUCAAGAUGAUAAUAGCGAAAGCGCCGAUAAUGAGGCUACACAAACGUUAAUGAGAUUGAUUCAGAAUGAUCCAUCUGCUGAAGUUAGGCGUGCAGCUAUGCUCAACAUCGUGAAUAAUAAAAGUACCAGGCCGCAUAUCCUGGAGAGAUCGCGCGACGUUAAUCCAAUCAAUAGAAGACUGAUUUAUUCAAAGGUGUUAAAAUCAAUGAAUAAAAAAUGUUUUACUGAUUUAGAUACCAGGAUUUUAGACCAAUUAAUAGAAUGGGGGCUCAAUGACAGAGAAGAACCUGUAAGAAAAGCAUGCGAAAAAUUAAUUUCUUAUCACUGGGUUAACCUUCUGGAUGGUGAUCUUAUUGAAUUAUUGGAAAAUCUUGAUAUCGCAAAAUCUAACGGUAGUAUCAAAGCUCUCGAGACACUUUUCAAGAUUAGACCAGAUAUUUUAACCAAGAUUAAAUUUCCUGAUGAUGUCUGGAAUCAGUUUACCGUUGAAAUUGCCUUUAUCUUCCGUUCAUUUUACAUCUAUUGCAAUGAAAAUACUUUGACAGAAAUCUUAGAUGAUACGUUCCCUGAGGCUUCUAAAUUAUCGAACAUUUUGAAUUUUUAUUUAGAGAAACGAUUUCAUUGUGAUACUAGUGCUUUGCCAGACAUAGAAAAAGAGCAUUUGGAAUUUAUCAUAGAACAGAUUCUGGUUACUGCAAAUAAAUACGACUAUAGUGAUGAGGUGGGCAGACGUUCUAUGCUAAACGUUAUUAGAAAUAUGCUGCAUCUUGUUGACCUCUCGAAGUCUCUAAUAAGGAUAGGUCACGAAGUUUUGAAGACGUUGUCAAUUAAUGAAAGAGAUUUUGUAACAAUGGCAGUGGAAAUUAUAAAUGACUUGAGAGAUGAUGACAUUGAGAAGCAAGAGGAAGAAGAGAAAACGACAAAGAAAAGCCAUGAAGAUGAAGAUGAAGAAGAUGAUAUUGCAUCUUUUCAUUCUGCUGUAGAAAAUUUGGCUAAUGGCGAAGAAAAUACUAACAAUCAAUUGAAAAGGCUUCCUAAUGAGAGAGAAGCUAGAGCAGAAACUAUUGUAUUAUGUUUAACAAGGUCUGCGGCAAUGUUGGAACUAGUCGAUGCUUCCUUAGAACAAAGUAUAAUGAUAUCGUCGCUUAUAGAUACCCUCAUUAUACCUGCGGUAAGAAGUACAGAGCCUGAUGUCAGAGAAUUGGGUGUUAGAAAUUUAGGGCUUUGUUGUCUGCUGGAUAUUCAACUAGCAAUCGAGAACAUGUAUAUUCUAGGUAUGUGUGUUUCAAAAGGCAAUGCUUCGUUGAAACAUAUUGCUUUACAGGCAAUUGUAGACAUUUUCUCUGUGCAUGAAAACGCUGUGGUAGACGGUGAGAAUAAGGUUGAUUCUAUCUCAUUGCAUAAGAUUUUUUACAAAGUGUUGAAAAAUAACAACUUGCCAGAAUGCCAAGUAAUUGCAGCCGAAGGAUUGUGUAAACUCUUCUUAGGUGAUAUCUUCACUGAUGAUGAUCUCUUUGAAACUUUAGUACUAUCCUAUUUUUCCCCAGUAAACUCUUCCAAUGAGGCUCUAAUACAGGCUUUUGCUUUCUGUAUUCCAGUGUACUGCUUCUCUCAUCCAACACAUCAGGUCAGAAUGGCUAGAGUUGCAGCUGACGUACUUAUGAGACUAUGCAUAUUAUGGGACGAGCUACAAAGUUCUGAUGAUGAAAAGGUGGAUAAAAGCGCGAUGCUGAAGCCUAAUAUUAUUUUACAGCAGCUAAUCUUUUGGACCGACCCUAGAAAGGUUGUCAAUCGAACAGAUGAAGAAAGCUCACAAGAUAGUGUACAAAUUGGCUUCUUAUUGGAUAUAUUAAAGAUUUUUAACCAAAUAGAAAAGAAAGAGAUAAAAAAAAUGAUUGUGACGAAUAUUCAGACAUUUUAUGUUACAUCAAAAUGUCAUUAUGCUUUGUUGAAGGAAGCAGCAGAGCAUAUAGAAGAUAUAUUAGAAAAUGAAACUCUCGAUAAUACAAGUAUGAACUCUCUUGAGAGGUUCAAGGGGGUAUUGAACGCUCAUCUUACAGAAGCCCAUGAGCUGAUCUUGAAUUCAUCAAAAAGAGAACUAGAUACCUCAGCUACAGAACAUUCUGUUGUUGCUGACAGCAAAGAAUAUUCCUCUGAGAAUUCAGAGAAAAAUGAUAUCGAAAUGGAUAGAGAUGGAUAUCCUCAAACUAAUUUGUCCCCUAGAGUUCUUGGAAACAAUUCUACUGAACAAGAUCCGACAACACAUCCAGAAAAAAUAGAAUUUGUCUCUUGUAACAAUACAAGUGGAUCUACUGAUGAGAAACAUAGCAUGCUGAGGAAAAGAAAUAGAAAUGAAAUGGAGGAAUCAAUAAUACUAAAUACUGCUGAUACUCCAGAGAAAAAUGAUGCAUCAAAAACUGCCAGCGUCAGCCUUUCUGAAGAUAUGUCCAGUGAUGUUGACAUGCUAGGUGUAGAUAAUAAAUGA